UAUAUUGAAUAAUUAUGGGAGCUAACCUGGGCAUUUCCCUGAAAGUGCUAGAUUAUUAUGACUAUACUGACAAAAGCAUUGUCUUGUGCAGAAAAUUAUCGAAGCAUACGAGAAGCAUGUAUUUUAAGCACGACAAGAUUUUCUGUCAGCAAUUGAAGAACCGGAGAAAGUUUGCUAUUUAUAACUUUGAUGAUAAAGUCAAGACCCUUCUUGUGAAUAAAAAAUUUCAGCUCUUGAAGUUCUUCGAGAUUGACACUUAUCUUGACAGACGCAGCUUUGUGCUGAAUUUUUAUAAUUUUUUAAAUGAUUUGAGAAAUGGGGUUUAUGAGCACUUUUCUCUCGAAGAUGUCAAAAUUUUCCAAAUGAAUAUUGCUAAAACUAAAGAUUACCAUGAUCAAGUGAUAGAGAUUGUCAAGAGCAUUGCUAAUAUUGACAGGAUUUCCUUCGAUCUUCUCCGCUUAAGUCGAAUUAAAGAGGAGUAUUGCAUCACUAAUGAGGUUGGCCAGGAUCAUGAACAGAUUUUAGAGUUUUUCCUAAGCAUUUCCGAUGAGAUCCCAGAAUACAUUAAAUAUUUCCAGAUAAAGGGGGUUAAGACACUUCAAGCUAGCUUCGAGUUUCUCGAGACUUGUCCUAUUCAGAUUGAGAUCUUAGACAUAGCUGAUAUUGAGCCAAAUAUUGAUGUAUCUGGGUAUGAACUGUCUAACACUCUUCUAAAAUCACUUGAGAGAGUGACGAUGUCUUAUAACUCUCCUUCUAACUUAGAAGAGUACCCAGAUCUUUGUGGUCAGUUCAUCAAAGAGCAGUUUAAGUUCUUCACCGAGUUUUUAUCUAUAAUAUGCAAGAAUGAUUGCCAUAAAGCAAUUAUUGAAUGCAAGAUAAACAGAGAAAUAAGCUAUCAGCGCCCUGUGACUCUGAUUUUCAAAGAUUGUUUCUUCACCGUGUUUGAUUCAGCUCAGGCAACAUUUAAGCGCUACUUCUCAAGCCAAAUAGAGGUCAGAAUUGACGGUGCAUACUACGAUGAAGACUAUGAAAUCGAUAUGGACGAUGAAAAAGUAAAUAUAUUUUCACCGAAAUAUUUGUCUAUCAAAAAGCCUCGAUUUGUCAAGAAUUUAUAUCAAGCUGCGAAAUAUAUCAAAAGCUUUAUCUCAUGUCCGAUUAGGGAUGUGUCCUGAGUGGAUGUGAUAAACAAAAAGGAUCUUAAGUCGCUUCAAAAAGUGUCAAGUGAUUACAUUGGUGACACUAUUGAUGAAAAUAAGUUCACGAAUUUGUAUAAAAUUUACUCGAAGACAUCUGAUAAGAUAUCACUCACAAAAUGUGUCAUGAGUGAACUCAGAGGGCCUGAGUUUAAGUUCUACCUCAAUAACCAGGUACAGAUAAUUGAGUUGGUAGUCACUGAUUGUAAUUUCGAGAGGUUCUCGAAAUACUUGUCGAAUGCGAGGUUCAAUAACAAAAUUAAAGAGCUCAGCAUCUCCAUUGGCAAUCCAACUUAUCUAAAGCCAUUUCUAGAUUUAUUAAUGGGAUACACCAAAGAAGGCUGUGAGACAGCUCUCUGAUAUGAAUCUGAAGGAAAACCUGAGAAUAGCCAUAUUUACAAAGAUUUCUGAAUUAUCUCAGAGAGUGGAGCUGAAAUAGCCACAGGAGGUAGUAAGUUUGUACCUCUCCUAUCGGAAUAUAAUUGAAAAAGAGACUACUCACAUCUUCCUUAUCCUUAUCUUGAAAAGGUUCAUUUGCACCAUAUGCAUGACACCCGAUCCCAGAGAGACCUUAUCUUCAACUUUAUCAAGAGAAUGGAAAGACUUGAAGAAUUUAGAACAGGUGACUACAAGUGGAAGAGAGAGUGAGUUUACGAAUUUGAUUUCUCUAUAUAA